UUUGUCUAUAGCUAGAGGAUCUUGAUGUAGCAGGUCGUAGACCCUUAAUUGGGUUAGAUGGCUGCCAUUUGAAAACACCUAUGGGAGGGCAACUACUAUGUGCUGUAGCUAGGGAUGGAAAUGAAAACAUGUUUCCUCUUGCUAUAGCAUAUGUGGAUAGUGAAGAUAAAGCUUCAUGGACUUGGUUCUUGCAAGUAUUGUUUCAAGACUUUGGCAGGCCAGAGGAAACUAACUGGGUUUUCAUGUCUGACAAACAAAAGGGUUUAGUUGAGGCAUUUAAGGCUGUGUCACUUGCUAAUGAACACAGAUACUGUGUGAAGCACAUGUAUGAGAACUACAAGAAAAUCUUUAGAGGGGCUGAGUACAAAAAGAAGCUCUGGUUUGCAGCUAGCACUGGAAGUCUGAGGUCAUGGGAGAGGCAAAUGGAAGGAAUAAAGAAGUUUGAUGAGGCUGCUUACAACUGGAUUAUGCAGUAUGACCCAAGUACUUGGAGCAGAUCUCAUUUUUCAAUUCAAGCACAGUCUGAUGCUUUGCAGAAUAACAUAUGUGAGUCAUUCAAUGCAUACAUACUUAGAGCUAGAGAUAUGCCUAUUUUGAGCAUGUUUGAGUGGAUUAGAAGAAGGUUGAUGGCUAGGUUUCAUGUUAAGUACACUGCCAUGAGUAAGUAUAAGGGUAAUAUGUGUCCUAAUAAGCAGGAUCUACUAGAAAAAUUCAAAUUUGAAAGUAGGAAUUGCUUUUCUACUCCUGCUGGGGAUAACUUGUUUGAGGUUGAUUUCUAUGACACUAGCCAUGUGGUUAAUCUUAGAGACAAGACUUGUACAUGUCGAAGGUGGG